AUGCGGGCGGCGGAGUGCGGGGUGCGGGCGGCGCUAGCUGCGGCCUGGGGAGAGGUAGAAGGUCGACGGGCUGGGGAGGCCGGCGGCCUGCGGCCUUGGGAGAGCAGUGAGGUCGACGGGCAGGGGAGAGGCAGCGUCGGAACCGAAGCAAUGGAUGAGAAAGGAAAAUCCAACAAAGGAAAAAAUUGGUCUAGUGAUGAGGACAAGUUUCUCAUAGCAGCAUGGGCAAAUACAAGUUUGGAUAUUGUUGGGACAGAUCAAAACCGAGAUGCUUAUUGGGAUAGAAUUUCAGAGUACUACAACACACACAAGGAAUCAUCAUGGCCGGAGCGUACUGCUAAUGCAAUCAAUUGCCGUUACACAACGAUUAACAGAGAGACCUGCCUUCAGCAGAUUUUAAAUAGGCAAGAAAGUGAAAGGACUAUAGAAGAAAAGACAAACGAUGCACACAUUUUGUUCAAGGAAAUGGAUCUUAAAAAAAAGAAGCCUUUCACACUGAUGCAUUGCUAUGUAGAGUUUUCGAAGUAUCCAAAGCGGCAGACAAGAGAAGUUGAAACUUCUCUUAAGAAACAAAAGAAGACCAUUGAUGCAAGUCCAGGCACAGCCACCAAUGAUCCGGCUGAUGCAUCCUCGGUACGUACUGAUGCUACCUCGAUACGCACUGAUGCUCUUGAACAUGAGAAAAGACCUGAUGGUGUGAAGAGGGACAAGAGAGGUAAAGCUGAUGAGAGUGCUUGCAAGCUGUCAUUAGAAACUGUGUGGGCAGCAAAGCAAGAGAAGGAUGAGAUCAAAGAGGCGGCAAGCUGUCAUUAAAAACUGUGUGGGCAGCAAAGAACAUAUAUAUC